UACUUUCUGUUUCAUAUUUAAUCAGUGCUCUGAGAGAGGAAGAUAUCAUUUCAGCGGACAAGCAGAAUGGCUACUUGGGUUUCUGUGAGUAAGUUGCUCAUUGUUGCACUGUUGAGCUGGAAUGUUCUUUGCUUUCCUGCGAACAAAGGCCGCAGCCAACAUGGUCUUCAUGAGGGCAGUGUCCCUAACAUGGGGGCGCCUCCUGGCCUCCAUUAUGGCACAGGUGCAUCCAAAGGUGCUCCUGCUCAGCCUUCCAGAGUGAAUCACCCUGCUGUCUCAUUCCUUUAUGACCCUGAGGAGGAGGGAGUGUAUGCUAGCCCUGGAAACUAUCCAGAGAGCUCCAGCCCUACUCCUGACAUGUCCAGUGAGGUUCCUAUGGAAGAGUCUACGACAGACUACAUUGCGUCCAGAACAUCUCAGCCCCUACCAGUCAUUGGCCUUCCCGCUCCACCUUACUUUGAAGCAGGCGAACUUGACCACUAUGAAGCAAACAUGGAGCAUGGUAAUUCAGAAGCAGAAACUGAGGAGCUGAGCUUUCCUCCACCUCCUCCACCGCCAGUUCCUCCAUAUCCAGAUUUUGGAUACCAGGCUGGUGAGUUGAAUCAUUAUGCAUCCAUCUAUGAGCAUGGAAAUGAGGAGCGGGAGACAGAAGAACAAGGUUUCCUCCCUCCGCCUCCACCACCUCCCUAUGCUGCUAAGCCAGAGGAGGAGCCAGCUGCUUUGGCGCCGGAAGAAGCCAUCGAGCAGCCUGUGGCACAGCUGAUGCCGCCCAAACCAAACCUUCGCUACCUCUUCUUGACUGGUCAGUUUCCUCCUGGCACCUACACACACUACCAGUCCAACUACGAGACAGGCCGUGAUCACUGGGAUGAAGCCCAUUAUGAGAAAUACCACUACCCUGAUGUUCAAAGUCCAGCCAUCCCUCAGACUCAGCAGGACUAUUCCAAAAUCUAACCAGGACUGUCGUUCUCUCAAACAACUUGAAGCAGAUCAUAGUAAAGGGAACUCCAGCAGUCUCUGAAUUUUACUCUAACAUGUAUCUGUCUAUGCUCAAGUUGCUUUUGAAAUUAAAAAUAAAAUGCAAAUUGA